GCACCCUAUACUUCGCGAAGAGAUGAUGUGUUUUGACUACUUAUGUUAGAAGUAACUAAGAUAACUAAGAGUAAGCAAGAAGGGGAAAGGGGAGAGAACACUGUGGCCAAUGAUCAGGUGAAGGAAAUCUGCGUUACUCAACUUCUGGCAUUUCAAAAAUUCCUUAACUCCUACCCAAAGCAUAAUAUGCUGGUAUUGUUUGAAACAGAACUGUUAUCUUCCCGCAACGUAUAAAAAUGGUACAUCAAAAUAUGUGGAUCUCGCGCAGUGUGGGAAUCGUUGUAACCGAAGCUUUGUACUCUGGUUGCUUUAACCGGCGAUAAUUAGCGGUGAUGUUGGCGGUGAAUAUGUAAUUUCUUCAGCGUUUAUUCCAACACGAGUGUGGUGAGUUGGCGUUAAACGUUACCUUGCGUGCAACGUUGUUGUUUGCGUAGUCCGCAGAACCCACAGGGAGACGUGUUUGCUUGAAGCGUUUUCUUGUGCGUCGUUGUUCAUAAUCUCCGAGAGGGUUGGGCACUAUCAUUGCCUCACAUGUCACAUUGCACCGGGGCACAUGGGCGUCCAAACUUCAAUUGAAUUAUGGGUCUGUACGUAACUCAAUAGUUUUUUUUUUUUUUUGAAUGUACACAUUGUGUACAUACAUUAGAGGUCUGCACCAUGUUUCGCUGCGUAGCAAAGACGGUCCUGUUCCGCGCGACGCUUCUUUCGGGGCUGGGUAUCCUCACCACUGAGCGCACGCUUUGGAGCCAUUUUUUCUAGCCCGCGUUUACAUGCUCCUUCUCCAUAUGAUGUGGCCAGCUCGCGGUUCAGACGCCAACUCCAAGCGCUCUCUUCAGGCUGUGGACGAUUGCAAUGUUUCCACUAUCACAACUCGGCAUGCGACCCCCCACAGCCCAGCACCAGCAUUUUAUUGUCGCAUAGGAAAGCAAGUAUGCCACGUGCUAUAAGCACAAACUUCGAAACGCUGACGCGGUGGCGAGCCCGACCUAGACCACUGAAGCAGCGCCCUGAAAGUCAUGAAAAGAGGGGAAAAAACCUUCUUUAGGACACGCUACCAGUACUCUUACUACUCUUACUCAGUGGGCUAGGCUGCAGCGGCACCGGCACCAUGUUUAAUCGCUGCUUGCUCUUCAUGCAGUUCUUCGGCUUCCUUGCUGUACCCCCCCUUUGCGGUGUCACAUGGCUUGGAACUGCUUCGUCUGACUUGGCUCCCUCGGCGGUCGAGCACGUGGACGUCAUCGAGUGCUUGCCCAAGAACUGCGCUAUCGCUACCAUAUGCGAUUACCUCGGCGUGUCCCACUUCAAGCUACAGCAUGCCAGUCACCCCGAUGCCCUGUCCUUUGAUCAGCCAAUCAUCGACAACUCUCGGUCUGUGACGUCGGCAGCCGACGGUAUAAAUGUCCAGCGCGUGGAUCGUCUCUUCAGUGGGCUAGGCUGCAGCGGCACCGGCACCAUGUUUAAUCGCUGCUUGCUCUUCAUGCAGCCACGCAGGGCUCAACUCUACCGUGCAUUGGAAUUUCUGGUGGUGAUAAUCCUUUCCAGCACAAUCUUAAUGAUUUCCUCGUGUAAGGUAGAGUGCAUGAAUGAGAGCGAACCUAAAGCAAUAUGCGUACAAGGAGGGCCCGGUGAAGGAUGCAACUGCACAUGUGAAGCCUCGUCUUAAUGCACCCUCUUCUUUAACAUACACCUUUAAAUUUAAAAACAGUGUGCCGAUUACAUGCACUGCACGGAUCUACGUCACGUGAAGCAUCCUGAAUGUAGCUGGCCAAGGAGCAUCGUUACGGGGCUCUGUAAAUUGCUACCGAAACCAUCAAGAUGUUUGUAAAGUACGAACACUUGUGUCUGUAACUCUAAAGUGUGUGCCCAAGGCACAUGCGCCUUUUGGUUUUCUUUUGAACUAUGUGUUUCAUUAAAAUCUAUUGCUAUUAUCA